AUGUCUCCCCAGUUGCAGAGAAUUUUCCCACCACUGUGCCUCCUCGGGGUUUUGUCUCUGUUGCAAAGUCUACAUGUCCAGUGUGGUUGCAGUUCUCCUCCUUUCAUUGCCCACGGACGUCACCAACAAACUUCAUACAUUUUCCAAACUAAGGAGAUUAAAUAUGAAUGUGACGAAGGAUAUGCUCUGGUUGGAAAGCCCACACUGACCUGCAGUUCUUCACGCUGGUCAGGUCCAGCCCCUCAAUGUAAAGCUCUGUGUCCGAAACCAGAGGUUGAACAUGGAAAGCUGUCUGGGGAUCAGAAUCAGUUUGUUGAAUCUGAAAAUGUCACCAUCCAGUGUGACUCUGGCUAUGGUGUGGUCGGUCCCCAAACUAUCACCUGCUUGGAGAACAGGACCUGGUACCCAAAGGUGCCCAAGUGUGAGUGGGCGCUCCCUGAAGGCUGUGAGCAAGUUCUACCAGGCAGAAAAUUCUUGCACUGUCUCCCAAGAGUGGAGGAUGUGAAGAUGGCUCUGGAGUUACAUAAAUUGUCUUUGGAAAUUGAGCUCCUCGAACUACAGAGAGACAAGGCAAAGAAAUCCUCUCCGGAGUCACCGCUGUGA